CGAGCUGGUCUUUGUCGUCCUCGUUGAAAAAAAAAACCUCGUUUAAUCACAGUGUGUACUUACUUAUCGGUUUCCGCCAGUGCCGAUUUUAUGCCGAUUUUACCUCGGUUUCGGGCGAUUUUCAAAACGACGAUCACUCGAAAAUAAAUUAUUGCACACGUGCGAUCUGUGACUUUGAAUAUAGAUCGCCAUCGGUGGCCAAUACCGAUUCUCAACGCCGAUCGACAAGGACACACAGUUGUACAUGUGCGCGUGUGCGCCACCUUCGUAAUAAACGCGGUGUCGUAAACAGUAGCAAACGACUGCAAUAGCCAAGGGUUGAAAAAUCGAGUGUAGUAUACGAGUACUUGGGAGAAGUGCGUUCACCGAGACGCGGGGGAGAAAAAAAAAAAAAAAAGAGGGAGUACACCUAAAAGAGCGAUACGAUGCCACGGGAGCUGUUGAUCGCACUGGCGACGCUUUUGUGUGUCGCGACGUCGGCCGUCGCUGCUGCCGUCGCGGCGGCGGCGUCCGAGUCAGUGGCACCGGCCGAAGCGAUUGAUUUCGAUCUCACUGGUGACGUAGACUACGAGAUGGUGUCCGACGUCGAUGAGGACAAGUCGACAGACCCCGAUGCCGAUGUUGCCGAAGGCCCUCGUUUCUCCAGCCACGCGCGCACCGGCUCAAACGCCGCGGGUCUGCACCACGGGCACCAGCACCACGGCCACCACACCAACAGCAAGCACAACCGGGAGGUACGGUGUUACUGUAACCAGCCGCUCUGCGUUUCGACGAACUACAUGUGCCGUGGCCGGGGUUGUUUUACCGAUCUGCCGAUCCUCGGCUCCGAUUCCACGGUCGCCGAGCUCACCUUCAGGCCCGAGCACGCCUCGUACAGCGGCUGCCUCGAUAGAAGCUCCGCCGAGCGCGACUGUCCCCCCGGAAAGCUGUGCUGCGAGCAGGACCUCUGCAACCACAUCGACAGUCCGGCGAUGAGGCUCAGGCUCAACAAGACACUCCAAGUGCUGAUGGGCGAGCGCCGAGCGUACCUGGGCUCGGGUCGCGAGGACGAGCUCCUGGGUGCGGACAGCUGGUUCCGAAUGGCGACGAUCGCCAUACCGAUCUGCGGCUUCGUCAUCCUCGUGAUACUCGCGAGUUUGGCCAUUAGACUGCUCCAGCCGAUGCCCCUCCAGUCCGACAAGCUCAACGGGCUGAGGAUGCCGGAGAACGCGCCGCCGCUGCUCGGGCCCUCCAAGAUGCCGCUCGUCUAAUCGAGGAGCAACCCUCUUGCACACACCACGGGCCAAAGACUUUCAUCGGGAGACGGGCUGGGAAAUUUGAUUCAACAAUUUUUUUUUCUUUUUCCCUUCCCCUCUGGAUGCUGAUGGUUUUUCUUUCCUCCCUUUCGAGGGGAAGGGAUCGGUAUUGCCGAUAGCGACGCGAAUCUCGAUGUUUUUUCAAUCUCUCGGAACUUUUGAUUCCUUGUUCAUCUUUCUUGUGCAGUACACUGCUCGUGCGUAAGUGCAACUCGCUUUUGUGUUUGAUCGUAGAAGCCAAGUGCCGAUCUUUCGUGGGUGGGUUUUUUUUUUUUUUUUUUUUUUUUUUUUUUUUUUU